AUGGUUGAAGAAAAGAAAGGGCCAGUUGCUAAGAAGGGCGCUAAGAAAGCGGUGAAGAGGGCGCCAGCGAAAGGCAGCAAGAAGAGGCGAAAGUCCAGGAAAGAAAGUUACUCCAUCUACAUCUACAAAGUGUUGAAGCAGGUUCACCCCGACACCGGGAUCUCCUCCAAGGCCAUGAGUAUCAUGAACUCGUUCGUCAAGGAUAUUUUCGAGCGUAUCGCAACUCUAUUGAAGGGCCGAAUGGCCGUCAGCGUUUCCGAUUCCUCAUCAGAUUCUGCAGAGGCCGAGGGAGGGAGUUACUACCGUGAGCCGGGAAUGAUCUCCAUUGGAGCUUCAUAA